AUGGAAUGCAAUGGCCCCCCAUUUGUCUACAGCCCUCCUUUAAAAGCUUUUUGUCUCGAGCAGCGAACAGAAAAAAGACGAAAUGGGAGAAGAAGAAAUGUCGUAAAAAAAUAUUUACAAAGAAAUUUGGAGUUAAAAUCAAAUCUUAUUUCUGACAUCACCUUUGAAGAUUCCAUUGCCUUGAAUCCCAACAGAAGACAACACAAUUAG